GUUAACUUCCUCACCCAGACCUCAGGAACCAGCAGCUACGGAGGGAACUAGCGCGAGUAUGUGACUGUCUGCUGUGUGGAGAAGGGAGUGGAAAAGAUUCAAUAUUGGAGCUUUACAGGAGAAACCAUGGCCUCAAAGAAGAUGAGGGAGGAAGCCACCUGCUCCAUCUGCCUGCACCUGAUGACUAACGCAGUGAGCAUCAGCUGUGGACACAGCUACUGCCAUGCGUGCAUAGUGAGCUUCUUUGAGAACCUCUACCGGAUGCAACCAUGGCUGAAGACAUUCUCCUGUCCCCAGUGUCGAGCACCAUUUAACAUGGAGAGCCUCCGGCCCAACAAGCAGCUGGGAAAUCUCAUCGAAGUCAUCAAGGAGAUGGACCAGGAAAUGUCAUGUGAGGAACAUGGAGAGAAGCUCCACCUGUUCUGUGAAGACGAGGGCCAGCUUAUCUGCUGGCUCUGUGAUCGUGGAGCCCAGCACAAAGGGCAUGCCACAGCUCUGGUGGAAGAAGCAUGCCAAGGCUACAAGGAAAAGCUCCAGCAAGCUGUGACAAAUUUGAGGCAACUGGAAGAGGAAUGUAUGAACCUGAAGGUGUUCACAGCAGAGCAAAUAACCAAAUGGAAUGAGAAGAUAGAAGUUCGGAAACAAAAAAUCCAGUCUGACUUUAAGACUCUCCAGAGCUUCCUUCAUGAGGAAGAGAAGUCUUAUCUAUGGAAACUGGAGAAAGAAAAAGAGCAAACUCUGAGGAGACUGAGGGACAAUGAGGCCAAUCUUGAACAGAAGAACCAUGAACUCCAGAGCCACAUCCUGGAGCUAGAGAAUAAAUGUCAGUGCUCAGCCCAGAAAUUGCUUCAGGAUGUGAAAGAUACUUUGAGCAGGAGUUGGGCUGUGAAGCUAGAACAACCAGAGGCCCUCUCUUUGGACCUUCAUACUGUGUGCAAUGUUUCUGAGCUUUACUUUGAUGUAAAGAAAAUGUUAAGGAAACAUCAAGUCAGCGUGACUCUGGAUCCAGAUACAGCUCAUUAUGAACUAAUUCUGUCUGAGGAUCGGAGACAAGUGAUUCGUGGAUGCCCUCAGGAGAAGCUUGAUAAUUCUUCUAGGAGAUUUAGUGCCUUGCCCUGUAUCCUGGGCUGUGAAGCCUUCACUUCAGGGAAACAUUACUUUGAAGUAGAUGUGGGAGAAGGAACUGGGUGGGAUUUAGGAGUCUGUAUGGAAAAUGUCCAGAGGGACACUGUCAUGCCGCAGACGCCUCAGUCUGGAUUCUGGGCCAUCAGACGGUGCAAGGAAGGCUAUGUAGCGCUUACCUCUCCCCUAACUUCCAUUCAACUGACAGAGAAGCCCCUGGUUGUGGGGAUUUUUCUGGACUUUGAGGCUGGAGUUGUGUCCUUUUAUAAUAUGACCACUGGCUCUCACAUCUUCACCUUCCCGAAGGCCUCCUUCUCUGACACUCUCCGGCCCUAUUUCCAGGUCUAUCUGUAUUCUCCUUUGUUCCUGCCUCCCCCAGAUGAGUAAGGGACAGACCAAAGUCUCCUCCUUGGUUUAACUAGUAUACAAGUAUAAUCUAAAUCUCAUGAGCACAGAAAUGUGGUCUCUUUUCUUCACUGCUAUUUCCUUGUACCUAGAACAGU